AGUAAGCGGCGUCGACGGGGGCAGUCGACUCGCUGCUGUGAGGACGGCCAGGUAAGUCGAACUACGAUACUUUGACUUCAGCUACUCAGAUAGCGUAGCUGAUGUUGCGUAUCUUAGUUUGAACCCCCCCAGUGUAGACCAGCCCCCAGGAAUGCAGAGGUGUCUCCACAGGCUGGGGGGACAGGAAGAAGCUGUAUUAGCCACACAGAGAAGUGACUGGAAGAAGGGACAGAUGCUUUUUUCCAGAGGAAAUAGCACUUGGUCCUUCCUCAGGCUCCGGGCAGGCCGCGGAGGGGCUAAGGUGGUGACCAGACUCCAUCUCCAGCCAGGCCUCAGCCUCUCGUUCCUCCCGUCACAGGCACGUGCAGGAGGGAGGGAAGCUGGACCACGAAGGUGACGUUUCCCUCCAAUCAGACGGCGUUUCGGGUGAAUGACACGGUGCAGGUGACGUGCGCCGAGGACCCUGAAUCCGGCCCGUUCCCUGCAAACUGCACAGAGCUGAAGGACCGUAGGGCAGUCUGGGAUAUCAGUGGAGUCAAGUGUCUCAGGAUGUGCAAUGACUGGGUGAGGCAGGUGGAUUUUGACCCUGCACAGACGGAGUUCGGCGUCGGGGCCGAGGCUCGGGUGACCUGUCGGCAGCAGUUCCAGCAGAACUCGUUCAAUGUGACGUGCAGAGAGACGGAGCCGGGACGCUUCGAGUGGGACUUGGGUGCACACCAGUGUAUCAGAAAAUGUGAAAUACCCAGAACCUGGGACUCCACAUUGCAGUUUGCCCCCGAGAGGCAGUUCUACGCCCUGGGUGACUUGGUGACGCUGAGCUGCUCUGAGGGGUAUCGGCCGUCACCACCUGUGAUCGUAUGUGCCAGAAAUGGGAGCCAGUCUGUCUGGAGUGAGACACCCACCUGCCAGCAGAGAGAGGCCCAGACUCCCCAGCCCGGGGGCCUGGCGCUCGCCAUGGCGGUGCCGGUGCUGGUGCUGCUGGGGGCAGGGGCCCUGCUGCUGCGGUUCCUGCUCGCCAGGAAACGCCAGGCUUCGGCGAGCCGCCCUGCCAAGGACGCCGGGGAGGCGUUGUACACAGAGCUCCAGCCCCGGGACACCCCAGAUAUUUACUGCACGAUCCAGACACCAGAACACAGAGCUGCAGGUAGGAACGGCUCAGCCUCUGACUGGCAUGCGGCCCCGCUGUGACCUUAUUAAUAUGAUCUGGGAUCACAUAGAACACGGUUGCAACCAAGGUCCUGUAGUGGCACCAAAUAUUGUAUAAAGGAGGUCAAGUGAGGUGUCUAAGACGAGGUUCUGGUUUGCUGGUUAUGAUUAUGCUGUCUGGGUGCAUGUGUCAUUUUGUAGUUGAAGUUAUGAAUAUUGGCUCUAUGCUGUCUGUAUUUCACACUUGUGCUGUGCUUCUGGGGGACACCCCAGACAAUUUGGCAUCAGCUCUGCCUGGCCUGCUUGAGGGCCCAUUAAGGCCCAUCAGCUAAUACAACUGACCCAUGGAGAGAAGCAGAUACACCCUGUGACUCAGCAAGGCAGGGACAGGCCUAGGGACAGAACUCAGGUUUUUCCAGGCCACAUGCUGGGCAGCUUGUGGUUGGGACAAAGGAAGCAGAGGCCACACGGCAAGAGACUAUAAAAGGAGCUGCAGCUUCAAUCCUGCUUCUGACCUCUGGAGGGACUUUGCUACAAACUGAAGCUCUGCACAAAGGACUGAAUGACCCAUCCC